UUCCCUCCCCCCCGACCGAGCCUCUUCUUCUUCUUCUUCUUCCUGCCGCUGCCCUGCUCACCACCAACAACACCACCGCCGCCCACGCCCUAACCACCAUCAUCACCGCCACCUCCGUCCGCCGCUUGGAGCCGCGCCGUUCGCCGUCCUCACCUCCGAACCGCCGUCUCCACCGCCGAACUUCAAGGGCCAUCGCGCCGCCGCUCGCUCGUCGCUGCAAAGCUGCCGCCCGCGUCCCUCACACCGUUCGCCGUGCCGUCGCCGCCAUCCGCGAGCCGCCGCGAGCCACCCCGAACCGAGCCUUCUCCCCCUUUUUCUGGCCGUGAGCUUCAAGCCGCGACCGCCGCCGUCUUCGCCGCGCCGUUGGUGCCGUGAGACUCGUGUCUUCGUCCCCAUCGCGCCGCCGUCGCCGCGGGCUCGCCAUCGCCGGAAAUGGUUUCUAUAAGGACCGAAAGGACCCGUGAGAUGAGCGAUCCUAAGCAAAAGGCCCCUCGGAUAAGGGCCAUAGCAACUUUGACAAGUGCUAGGGAAAGGGUACCGACUCGAGCUGGUGCUAGAGAAAGGGCAUCGAGACGGGCUGGUGCUAGAGGGAGAGCAUCGGUGCAGGUGGGUGCUAAAGAGAGGACACCAGUUGAUCCUAGGGUUAAUGGGAUCUUGCAAGUCCUAGAGACCUUGGGGAACAUGGUUGAGCAACAAGCUCAGAAUCAAGCUACUGCCACCGCCGCCGCCACUGAUGUUGCCGCCGUCGCCGCCGCCGCACCUGCUGAACUCCCACCUAGAAAUAGGAAUGGUGCGUGGCCUAUGUACAAGUUGGUGAAGCAUUUUCUAAGAUUGAAACCGCCAAAGUUUACUGGAGCAGGUGAUCCUGAGGCUGCAAUCCUCUGGAUCCAACAAUUAGAGAAGGCUUUCGCACUACUAAGGUGCUCUGAAGAGGACAAGGUAAUCUUGGCUGUCUAUCAGUUGCAGGGUAACGCAAGCACGUGGUGGAAGGCCACUAAAGGAAGAGUGUUUCCCGAGGGUAUGGUUCUAGAGUGGAAUGCCUUUGUUGAAGUAUUUUACGGGAAAUAUUUCUCGGAUUGUGCUCGAGAACAAAAGAUGGUCGAGUUCCAAUAUCUCCGUCAAAAUCAGAUGUCUGUGGACCAAUAUGAGACAAAGUUUGCCGAAUUGUCAAAGUAUGCAUCGAAGUUGAUUGAGGACCCGAUAGACAGAGCAAGAAGGUUUAGAGAUGGUCUGAAGCCGGAGAUUAAGGACCUAUUAGUGCUGGACUAUGACGAAUUGUAUGAGAGGGCCCAACUAAUUGAGAGGGACCUGAAUGAACAAGCAGUCACAUUUGGGUCACGGUUUGUGCCCAACAAAGAUAACAAUCGGUUUGGGAAGAGGCAACAAGCUCAGAAUCAAGCUGCUGCUGUCGCCACCGUUGCCACUGAUGCUGUCACCACUAUUGCCACCGCCACCACCGCUGCACUUGCUGAAGUCUCACCUAGAAAUGCGAAUGGUGAGUGGCCUAUGUACAAGCUGGUGAAGCAUUUUCUAAGAUUGAAACCACCGGAGUUUAUUGGAGUAGAUGAUCCUGAGGCUGCAAUCCUCUGGAUCCAACAAUUAGAGAAGGCUUUCGCACUACUAAGGUGCUCUGAAGAGGACAAGGUAAUCCUAGCUGUCUAUCAAUUGCAGGGUAAUGCAAGCACAUGGUGGAAGGCCACUGAAAAAAGAGUGUUUCCUGAGGGUAUGGUCCCGGAGUGGGAUGCCUUUGUCAAAGUAUUUUACAGGAAAUAUUUCUCAGAAUGUGCUCGAGAACAAAAGAUGGCCGAGUUCCAGCGUCUUCGUCAAAAUCAGAUGUCUGUGGACCAAUAUGAGGCAAAGUUUAGCGAAUUGUCAAAGUAUGCACCGAGGCUGAUUGAGGACCCAGUGGACAGAGCAAGAAGGUUUAGAGAUGGUCUGAAGCCGGAGAUUAAGGACCCGCUGGUGCCACUAAAUCUCAAGAACUAUAACGAAUUGUAUAAGAGGGCCCAGUUGAUUGAGAGGGACCUGAAUGAACGGGCAGCCGCAUCUAGGUCGCGGUUUGUGCCCAACAAAGAUAAUAAUUGGUUUGGGAAGAGGCCAAUGAUGGGAGGAAAUUAUCCCAUCCCUCCCAAUCGAAAUGGUGGAAUUGGAAAGCCGGCAUCCAACUCGAAUGUUGUGUGCCAAUUUUGUGGAAGGAAACAUGGAUCGGCCUCGUGUCUUGCUAGAACGAGAGCUUGCUAUGGAUGUGGCCAGCACGGCCAUCAGGUGAAGAACUGCCCGCACAAACCCAUGGGAGUGCAGACACCAUUGCCGCAAAUAGGACAGGCAACGGGGGGUGUGUCGCAGAAUGCACAUCAGGGCAUUUUGAGUAGACCUCCAAUGCAAGGAAGGGUAUACGCUGUCAACCGAAGGGAGGCGGAGAACUCGCAAAACGUGGUUACAGGGUCGUAGCGUGGAGAUCAACUAAGUGCGGAUGUAGUGGGCACGAGAUGCGACACUUUUUGACUAGUCUUGCCGUUAGUGAAGGUAGAGUUAACCUUGACCUUUCUGACCCUUUUUGCUCAUAGGUCGUGUAGGAGUUGUCUUUUGUUGUAGACCUGUACAUGUUAAACUCCUUGGGUUAACAAGUGAAUAAAUAAAGGUGCGGCUUUUAAAAGUCAUUUAUUGUG